AUGUCUUGUCUCGUCCUAAAUGGAGGUGGGAGGGAGGCUAACGUGGAUUUACUUGCCAGGCGCAUCACGCUCAACGUCUUCAAUCCUCACGGAGGAGACCAGGAUAGCCUGGUGACUCUCGAAGUCUUCCCCGACAUGACCGUUUCUACCCUGCGCGAGUCCGUCCAUUCCGAGGCAGGCAUCCCCCCUACUUCGCAACACAUCUACCACAACGGUCGACUCAUCUCGGACGAUGCCAAGACCAUGGAGCAGCUACAAAUCGGCGAUGGCGACAUGCUGGCUGUCCAUGUCCGGGAUAUGCGAGGCAGCACGGUACCUCCGGAGGCAGCAGGGCGACCUCCAGCCGCGGCUCGCCAACAGCAAAGCGCCGCCACUGCCGCCGCCGGAGCUGAAAACGACACGGAGAUGCUUCGCUUGCAGAUUCUCGGCGACCCCGCCGUCAGACAGCAGCUGUCCAGGCAACACCCAGAGCUCGCCGCGGCCAUCGAGGACCCCGCGCGGUUUCGAAGAAUAUUCCUAGACAGCCAAGACAGGGAGCGGAGAGAGCGAGAGAUGCGGCAGCGCGAGAUUGAAAGACUCAACGAAGACCCCUUCAACGUUGAGAACCAGAGGAGGAUCGAGGAGAUGAUCCGCCAGGAGAGAGUCAUGGAGAAUCUGCAAAACGCCAUGGAGCACAACCCCGAAGUCUUUGGCCGCGUUCACUUGCUGUACGCAAAUGUGGAGGUCAACGGCCACAAGGUAAAGGCUCUCGUAGACUCGGGAGCGCAGGCAACCAUCAUGUCGCCGUCGUGCGCCGAGGCGUGCGGCAUCAUGCGCCUGGUCGACAAGAGGUUCGCCGGCGUUGCUCGAGGCGUCGGAACGGCCACCAUCAUUGGCCGGGUUCACUCUGCCCAGAUUAAGAUUGGAAACCUAUUCCUGCCCUGCAGCUUUACCGUCAUGGAGGGAAAGUCUGUCGAGUUGCUGCUCGGCCUGGACAUGCUCAAGAGAUAUCAGGCCCAUAUUGAUCUUGCCAGUGACAAGCUCAUCAUCCAAGGCCAGGAAAUCUCGUUUCUCGGAGAAGCCGAGAUUCCGAAGGAGGAGGAGGCUAUUGUCCAGGAGCCUACGAUCCCCGGACCGGCAGGGACUGCCAUUGGCCAACGAUCCGGAGCUGUCAUGCCUGCUCAAGAGGCCCCUUCGCAAACCCCAUCACAGGCUACACCCGGCGCGCCGCCGCAGACCCAGGUACAAGCGGCGCCACAGCAGCCGGCAGCACCCUCUGCCGGUGUAACACCAGCCCACGUUGAUAGUCUUAUGGCCAUGGGAGCUACCAGGGAACAGGCGAUCCAGGCUCUCCAGGCUGCCGAGGACAACGUGGAUAUGGCGGCUAGCUUGAUCUUCUUUUAA